GUCUUCUUCAUGAGCGAUUGUCGUCGAUUUCAGGGACAUACUAGGUCAGCAACAAUCUCCUUCAGCGCUUCAGAGCAGGUGAAUCGGGAUAUACUUUGUGAAUUUGGAAAAACCUUGCCCUUCUAUCCGCUCCAGGUGAAAGCAGAUGAGAGUGGUGUUUCAAUUUGGUCUCCUAUUCGUGCGGCAUACUUGAGGUGGAAAAGGAAAGGAAAACAAACAUAUAAACCUCCGCAAGAAAAAGUGGUCACUAUGAGGGGAUUUCUGUUUUAUGAAGCUGUUCGUCAGUGCCUAUCAAGCCUAUGCUAUUCUGCAUCUUUAUUCUUGCACUCAUGCCCUUUUUCUCUUACAGUGCUAUUUGUUUUUUGGUAUGAAAAUUUAGUUGGAAUAUGUUAAAAAUGAUCACCU